GGGAAGAUUAAAUGCAUCUUUCUCUCUCACCUCCUUAAAUAGAGAUACAACAGCAGGCAGUGUCAUAACAGAGGAGUCACCUUUCCUCAUUGAAUCCGUAACCUUCUUCUUCAUCUAUUCGUCUUCUUCUUCAUCAUCUCAGUUGAUGGAUAAGUGGAGGCUUCCGUUGACGUGCCUCUGCUUCUUGGCGCCUGCGCUCGCCUUGAUGGUGGCGGCGGUGGAAGCAGCGCCGCCGGCAGUGAAGGCUCCCGCCGCUGCUGCUGCUGCACGUCACUACGUUCUGGUGCACGGCUCCGGUCACGGUGCCUGGUGCUGGUACAAGGUCCACAACCUGCUGCGUCGGGCCGGGCAGAAAGUCACGGCUCUCGAUCUCACCAGUGCCGGAAUCAGCCCCAUCGAUCCCAACUCCGUCCUCACCUUCCCCUACUACAACAAGCCCCUCAUCGAUUUCCUCGCUUCCCUCCCUCCCAAUGAAAAGGUUGUGUUGGUAGGCCAUAGCGCCGGCGGCCUAAGCUUGACUCAUGCCAUUCACAUGUUUGGGCCCAAGAAGAUCAGUGCCGCCGUGUACGCUGGUGCAGUCAUGCUCAGAUCAGGGUUCAUAACUCGGGAAGACCUGGCAAUUGGUUUCCCAAACAUAAGUGAAGCAGUGAGAUUAGGGUUUGGACAAGCACCAGACAGGUCUAUCAUGAUGACAAGCUUCGCAUUUCUGCCCAAGUAUCUGCGCAAAGUUCUUUAUAACAGAAGUCCAGAGGAGGAUAUCGUGCUUGCUUCUGCACUGCUGAAGCCUGCACCAGGCCAUGCAAUGCUGGCAGCAAGGUUCAACAGCAGUGGUGUUGAUGUUGAUGGGGUUCCUAGGGUUUACGUGAAGACAAUGAUGGACAGAGUGUUCAAGCAGGAGGUGCAAGAUGCCAUGAUCAAGAAAUGGCCUCCCCACAAGGUGGUGGCCCUCAAUUCUGACCACUGCCUCUUCUUCUCAGCACCAGAGCAAUUUACAGAAGUAUUGCUGAAAGUCUAGAGCUCAGCCGAGAUCAAUCUUAGAACAAGAUUUAAGAGAACCAUGUCUUUAUCUUUAUCUGAGAUUGUAGUGCCCCUUUGCUUUUAUCUGAGAUUGUAUUGCUGAAGAUCUAGAGCUCAGUCAGAUCCAUCUCAAUCCUGAGAAGCAUAUUUUUAUCCUUUUUUCUGAGAUUGUAGCAGAACAAUAAAGAUUGUAGUGCCCCAUUUGAGUUUUUUCCUGGGUAUUUUAGUAUUGUCCCCGAUCUGCUUUAUCUUGCUCAUUCUGCUGUUUUGAUAAUAAGCAUGAGUGUUUGAGAAGAACAUUUUGGGAAAAUAAUCAAGAAAAUCUGGAUGUA